GCCCAGGACGCGGCCAUGCCGGGCGGGGCCGAGGCCGGGGAGGCCGAGGAGGACGCGGCCGCUGCGGGGUCGGGGUCCGAGGCCGAGGAGGAGGCGCUGUGGGAGCGCAUCGAGGGGGUCCGCCACCGCCUGACGCGCACCCUGAACCCCGCCAAGCUCACCCCCUACCUGCGCCAGUGCCGCGUGAUCGACGAGCAGGACGAGGAGGAGGUGCUCAGCACCUACCGCUUCCCCAGCAGGGUCAACCGCACAGGACGCCUGAUGGACAUUCUGCGCUGCCGGGGAAAGCGAGGCUACGAGGCGUUUCUGGAAGCUCUCGAGUUCUACUACCCGGAACAUUUCACGUUGCUCACAGGCCAGGAAGCGGCCCAGCGCUGCUCCAUGAUCCUUGACGAGGAGGGUCCCGAGGGCCUCACCCAGUUCCUCAUGACCGAGGUUCGGCGGCUGCGGGAGGCCCGCAAGAGCCAGUUGCAGCGGGAGCAGCAGCUGCAGUCGCGGUGCCGGGUGCUGGAGGAAGAACAUGCCGGCCUGGAGCAGCGGCAGCGGGAGCUGCAGGCGGCCCAGGAGCGCUGCCAGCGGCUGCGGGAGGACUGGGAGGCCGGCAACCUGGAGCUGCUGCGGCUCAAGGACGAGAACUACAUGAUCGCCAUGCGCCUGGCUCAGCUCAGCGAGGAGAAGAACUCGGCCGUGCUGAGAAGCCGCGACCUGCAGCUGGCGGUCGAUCAGCUUAAGCUCAAGGUCAGCCGUUUGGAAGAAGAAUGUGUCCUGCUGCGCCGGGCCCGGGGUCCCCUGCCUGCUGCUGCCGCCGCCACCACCACCACCGCCUCUGCCACCACCUCCGAGGAGCGGGAGAGGGAGCUGGAUGAUGGCCCCGACCUGGUAUCUGAGCUGCGAGCUGAGAAUCAGCGGCUCACGGCUUCGUUGCAGGAGCUCCAGGAAGGCCUGCAGCAGGAGGUGAGCCGGCCGGGGGCGCCAGGGUCCGAGCGAAUCCUGCUGGAUAUCCUGGAACAUGACUGGCGGGAAGCUCAGGACAGCAGGCAGGAGCUGUGCCAGAAGUUGCACGCUGUGCAGGGCGAGCUGCAGUGGGCCGAGGAGCUUCGGGACAAGUAUCUGCAGGAGAUGGAGGACCUGCGGCUCAAGCACCGCACGCUGCAGAAGGACUGUGACCUGUACAAGCACCGCAUGGCCACGGUGCUGGCCCAGCUGGAGGAGAUCGAGAAGGAGCGGGACCAGGCCAUCCAGAGCCGAGACCGGGUGCAGCUGCAGUACUCGCAGAGCCUGGUGGAGAAGGACCAGUACCGCAAGCAGGUGCGGGGGCUGGAGGCCGAGCGGGAUGAGCUGCUUACGACACUCACCAGCCUGGAGGGCUCCAAGGCGCUGCUGGAGACGCAGUUGCAGCGCUUGCAGGGCGGAUCCUGCCUCACGGCCUGUACCUCCUUCCAUUCCCUCUGCUCCAACCACAGCAGCACCUGGAGUCUGAGCGAGUUCCCUUCACCCCAGGGAGGCCCGGAAGCCUCCUUGGAGGCUGCCAUUUUGGGGGGCUCUGAGCCCCACACCUCAGAGGAGGCCACGGACAGCGAGAAGGAGAUCAACCGUCUGUCUAUCCUGCCCUUCCCGCCCAGCGCAGGCUCCAUCCUCCGGCGGCAGCGCGAGGAGGACCCCGCACCCCCCAAGAGGUCCUUCAGUAGCAUGUCAGACAUCACAGGAAGUGUAACGCUGAAGCCCUGGUCCCCUGGUCUCUCUUCGUCCUCGUCCUCAGACAGCGUGUGGCCACUGGGCAAGCCAGAUCUCCUUGGCAGUUCUUUGGCCAUCCGCUUGUCAGGCCGGAGCCCCCCAGGAGGGCCUGAACCCCACAGUAGAGCUGCAGAUGGCUUGCCCUUUCAUGCCGACAGCUGGUCUGGGGCUGUGGUGCGAAGAGUCUUAUCUGGACCUGGGUCUGCCCGAGUGGACAUCAGAGAGCCCCGGGCAGAGGCUGGCCUGGAUGGAGACAUGCAACAGAAAACCAUGACCUGGAACCAGGUGUCCACCCUCCCCUUCCUGCUGGACUCCAAAGCCUGCCAGUCGUUCCAUGAGGCCCUGGACACUUGGGUGAAGCGGGCAGGCGCUGAGCCCCUGUACAUCCGUGCCAACUUCAGCCUGCCCGAGCGGGCAGACCCGCACGCGCUGUGCGUGAAGUCACAGGAGAUCCUUCGGUUGGUAGACCCGGCCUAUAAGCGGCGGCAGGAGUGGUUCUGCACGCGGGUCGACCCCCUGACACUGCGGGACCUGGAUCGGGGCACAGUGCCCAAUUACCAGAGAGCCCAGCAACUCCUGGAAGUCUGGGAAAAGAAUCUGUCCUCAGGUCGGCAUCGGGGUCCCCGAACGAACCUGAAGAAGCGAGCUCUAGACCAGUUCCGGCUGGUGAAACCCAAGCACCUGGGAAGCCCUGCCGGAGACUCCCCAGAAUCUCUGCUGCUGGAAACCUGCUCAGAACCCCAGCAGAGCCUCAAGCCCUACAGCCUGGUGCGGCCCCUGCUGGUCUCGGCGCUGCGGCCUGUCGUGCUCCUGCCUGAAUGCCUGGCACCCCGACUCAUCCGCAACCUGCUGGACCUUCCCAGCUCCCGUCUGGACUUCCAGGUGUGCCCUGCAGAAAGUCUCUCAGGGGAAGAGCACUACACCCCCUCUGCCCCGGGGGCCCCCAAAGCCCAGCUGGCCGCCCCUGGCCUGGGAAACAGGAUCCGGACCAUCCAGGAGUCGGUGGGAAAGAAGCACUGCCUGCUAGAACUGGGGGCUCGGGGCGUGCGAGAGCUGGUGCACAAUGAGAUCUACCCAAUCGUCAUCCAUGUGGAGGUGACGGAGAAGAACGUACGGGAGGUCAGGGGUCUGCUGGGUCGACCUGGCUGGCGGGACUCGGAGCUGCUUCGCCAGUGCCGGUGCUCGGAGCACUCCCUGUGGGGUCUGCCGUGCUCCUGGGCGCAGGUCUCUGCCCAGGCGUGGACGCAUGCGGAGGAGCUGGCCAAGGUGGUGCGCGGCCGCAUCCUGCAGGAGCAGGCUCGCCUAGUCUGGGUGGAGUGUGGCAGCAGCGGCGGUGGCGGCGGCCUGGGCAGCAGCGAGGCUUAGGGGGCUCCCCAGGUGGUGCCCCCCACACUGGAGAAGCUGCCCC